AUGCUCGGGAAGCGAGGCAGCACUCAUAGGGACGAGAUCGAUGACAACGACCGAGAUGAUGACAGUGAGCCACUGGAGGACGAUGAUCCUGUCAGAGAGGCGCAGAUAGUGCCUAAUGCGCCGUUGAACGUUGUGUUCGAUACGGAGAACUACGACUUCACGGCGAAGUUGGGCGAGGUCGAUUUUGGCAAGGAGUUUACAGCCUAUUACGACCACUGCCGCCUGUUGAGCUAUGACUCGGAAAAUCUUUCUGAUUUUGUAGCGUUGUCAGGAGUCCUCUUUCUGGAUGACCGCCCUACAUCUUUGCAAAAAGCUUACUUUGGCCCAAAGUAUAAGCAGCUGCUAGAUCUGAUCGAUUUGCGCAUCGGUUACCCAACGGCGGACGAGGUCGCAGACGCGAUGCAACUGUGUCGAAAUGUCAAGGACGCGAGUGGCGAUGGAUGA